AUGUUAUCAACAAAACUAUUACGGCGACCAUUGCCGGCGACAAUCGGUAGACAAUUUUUCGGCUCAAUCGGUGGUGGCCAACAAUAUAAACAACAACAACACGUGGGUUAUCGCCGGCGGCCCGACACCAGUGGCCAACAGUUACCGCCGACAAUAUACAAGCGUUUGGAUGCGGUGGCGGACAUCAACCAUACAGAUCUGGCCCGAUAUGAUCAUCGCCUGAAUAAUCGGCGACCGAUUAGGCCAUUAGCCCCACUGGACACUGAUGGCCGUGAAUUACUGGAUGAAUUAAGUCCCGUAGUCCCAUUGUCCUAUAAUCUGGCCGCCUAUGCUAACCGAUCGGUGACCAUCGAAAUGCUAAUCAAAUUGGGCGUCAAUUUAGUACAAAUUGAAAACACCAGACCCGAGAUCGCCGGCUAUAUCCUACAGUUGGACUUCGAGGCCGAUAUCAAACCGUAUAUCGAGUUUCUGGUCAACGUAUGCGGUGUCUGGCCGUCACAGUUGGCCGAUUUUAUUACACGAAAUCCAUUGAUAUUUAGCCAACAUAUGGACGACUUGAACGUACGGCUAAACUAUUACCGAUCGAAACGGUUUACUAAGGAUAUGAUUGCCGCGAUGGUCACCAAUUGUCCGGAACUGUUGAACAAUACGACCAAAUAUGUUGACUAUAAGUUGGCUUUUAUGCUGAAAGAGUUUCGGCUAUCGGCGGCCGAUAUCCGCCAACUGAUGACCCGAUGUCCAAACUUAGUCCUACUUAACGAUAUGGCUUACAGAGAGUUGACGUUCAUAUUUGCCGAAGAGUUUGGCUUCAAUGGCGACGAAAUCAGAUCCAUAUUAUUGAAAUCACCGGAACUGUUCCUCCUAUGCUCUAAAAGUCAUAAAUCUCAUCGUAUAGUCAUCAAAGUGUUUGAUUUGGUACACAACGAUAUGAUGAUAUCCCAUGAAUUGUUGACCAAAUUUCCACAAAUACUGAUGAAAUUUCGCCAAUCGAUCGAAUCCCGACACCUGUAUCUGAAACGGUUAGGUCGGGCACAGUAUGAUCCAACUAAACCAUUGUACGUACCGUUGACUGCUUUCUAUGAGUUAGAGGACAACGAAUUUGCCGAUAAAUAUGCUAAGACAUCGGUCAAUGAUUUCAAUUGUUUUUGUAAAUCAUUGUAA